ACGAGCAAAGAUGGCCGCGCCCAUGUAAUACCGAUAGCAGUUGUUGACCUUCCUUUUUCCUCCUUCUCACCUGGCCCCUGUGGUGGCAGGCUGGGCACGAGGACCAUGCUGGGCCGGACCCUCCGAGAAGUUUCUGCAGCACUGAAACAAGGCCAAAUUACUCCAACCGAGCUCUGUCAAAAAUGUCUCUCCCUUAUCAAGAAGACCAAGUUUCUAAAUGCUUACAUUACUGUAUCAGAAGAGGGGGCCUUAAAGCAAGCUGAAGAAUCAGAGGAAAGAUAUAAGAAAGGUCAGUCCCUUGGGGAUUUAGACGGAAUUCCUUUUGCAGUAAAAGACAACUUUAGCACGUCUGGCAUUGAGACAACGUGUGCAUCAAACAUGCUGAAAGGGUAUGUGCCACCUUAUAAUGCCACAGUAGUUCAGAAGUUGUUGGAUCAGGGAGCUCUACUAAUGGGAAAAACAAACUUGGAUGAGUUUGCUAUGGGAUCUGGGAGCACAGAUGGUGUAUUCGGACCAGUUAAAAACCCCUGGAGUUAUUCAAAACAAUACAGAGAAAAGAGGAAGCAGAAGCCUCAUGGUGAGAACGAGGAUUCAAAUUGGCUUAUAACUGGAGGAAGCUCAGGAGGGAGUGCAGCGGCCGUAUCGGCGUUCACAUGCUUUGUGGCUUUAGGAUCAGAUACGGGAGGAUCGACCAGAAAUCCAGCUGCCCACUGUGGGGUUGUUGGUUUAAAACCAAGCUACGGCUUAGUUUCCCGUCACGGUCUCAUUCCCCUGGUGAAUUCAAUGGAUGUGCCAGGAAUCUUAACCAGAUGCGUGGAUGAUGCAGCAACUGUGUUGGGUGUACUGGCUGGACAUGAUUGCAAAGAUUCUACCACAAUACAAGAUCCUUUUAAACCAUUUAUACUUCCCAAUUUGACAGAUGUGAGCAAACUAUGUAUAGGAAUUCCAAAGGAGUAUCUUGUACCAGAAUUAUCAAGUGAAAUACAAUCUCUUUGGUCCAAAGCUGCUAACCUCUUUGAGUCUGAGGGGGCCAAAGUAAUUGAAGUGUCCCUGCCCCAUACCAGUUAUUCAAUUGUCUGCUACCAUGUACUGUGUACCUCAGAAGUGGCAUCAAAUAUGGCAAGAUUUGACGGGCUGGAAUAUGGUCACAGAUGUGACAUUAAUGUGUCUACUGAGGCCAUGUAUGCUGCGACCAGACGAGAAGGUUUUAAUGAUGUGGUGAGAGGAAGAAUUCUCUCAGGAAACUUUUUCUUAUUAAAAGAAAACUAUGAGAAUUAUUUUGUCAAAGCCCAGAAAGUGAGACGACUCAUUGCUAAUGAUUUUGUGAAUGUCUUUAACUCUGGAGUGGAUGUCUUGCUGACGCCCACCACCUUGCGUGAGGCAGUGCCGUAUGUGGAGUUCGUCAAAGAAGACAACAGAACUCGAAGUGCCCAGGAUGAUAUUUUUACACAGGCUGUAAAUAUGGCAGGAUUGCCAGCUAGCCCCAAGUCGAGGAACCAGAACAACCCCAUUUACACUGAGCUCAUUCGCUCACUGAUGUCACAGAAACAUUCAUUGUAACCUAACAGGCCCUAUUGGACUUAAAACUUGGUAGGUUGUGAAACAGAGUUUUAGUGAGAAAGUUUCAAUAUACAGUGGUUUCCCCUUUCUUGAAGGGAAUACAUUUCAAGACCCCCAGUAGAUGCCUGAAACCACAGAUAGUACCAGAUCCUACCUAUACUAUGUU